CGAGGCAGGCGCGAGACCCGAAAGCCUGAGAUGCCUGAUGGUUUCCUGGCCGCUGAGAUAUUUUGAAUGCUGAAAUUUUCUUUCUAACAAUGAAUGGUUCACACUUAACGUCUGGAAUUUCUGAUUCUACCUGUGGUGACAAAAAAGAAUCUGAUGUAUAUUAUUCUGUCAUCUUCAUGACUGUUGGGAUUUUAUCCAAUAGCCUUGCAAUAGUAAUUCUCAGGAAAGCAUAUAAGAGAUUUAGACAGAAAUCAAAAGCAUUGUUUUUGCUUUUUGCCAGUAGCUUGGUUAUCACAGACAUGUUGGGCCAUCUCAUCGUUGGAACUAUUGCAGUAUUUGUAUAUGCGUCUGAUAAAAACUGGGGUUCAUUUUUUCCAUCAGAAGAGAUAUUUUGCAAUUUUUUUGGUAGCUGUAUGGUGUUCUUUGGACUUUAUCCUCUUUUUCUGGGCAGUGUAAUGGCUGUGGAACGCUGCAUUGGAGUGACAAAACCAAUAUUUCAUUCAACAAAAAUGACUUUUAACCAUGUAAAAAUGAUAUUGACUAUGGUGUGUUUUUUUGCUAUUUUCAUAGCUUUGCUGCCUAUAAUGAGAUUAAGAUUAUAUAAAAUUCAAGAAUCAAGAACCUGGUGCUUCUAUAAAAUAAAGGAUACUAAAGACUGGGAAGAUAGAUUUUACAUCUUACUUUUUUCUUGUUUGGGUUUGCUGGCCCUUAUUAUUUCACUUUUGUGCAAUUCUGUGACAGGAAUUACACUUUUAAGAGUCAAAUUUAAGAGUCAACAUAGACAGGGCAGAUCUCAUCAUUUUGAAAUGAUCAUUCAGCUCUUGGGCAUAAUGUUUGUCUCUUGCAUUUGCUGGACCCCUUUCCUGGUAAUGAUGGCCAUUAUUGGAAUAAAUGGAGCUGGAGAUAAAGAUGAUCUCCAGAUAUCAUGCAAAACUAUAAUUUUUGCUGUUCGAAUGGCAACGUGUAAUCAAAUAUUGGAUCCAUGGGUAUAUAUUCUUUUGAGAAAAGCUGUUCUUAAAAAACUGUAUGAGAUUACUAGGAGAUUUUGUGGAGUACGCCUCGUUAAUUUGUCCACAUGGGAACUCAAUUCCAUUAAAAAUUCUUUAAAAGUGGCAGCAAUUUCAGAUUCACCAAUUAGUUCCAAGCUGACAAACCAACAGCUACUCAGUAUAAGAGUGCCAUAAAGCGAAACACAGAGAAUGAUGAAACAAAGGUUUAUGAUUGUUGUAUACUUUGAAACCUGAGAAUGGCUCCAAUUAUAGAUAUGUCUCUAUCUGGAACUGCUAAUACAAGAUGUUUGUGAAUAUAAAGAAUCAUUUUUAUGGAAUACACCCAUCCAUAUAUAGUGCCAAAUAUUUCAGGAAUUUGUAAAAAAAAAGGAGGCAAUGCUUAAUAAAUUAAUAUAUGUAAAAUUAUUAAAUAAAUUAUGUUAAAAACCUCAAUAAAGAUAAGAUGUUAGUGGCUGUGAAAUAGUUUUGAAUGAAGUAAAAAAUUCAAUGUUUGGGUUUUAUGUUUAAAUGAAACAUAAAAUCAUGUUUUCAAAUGUGUUUAAGUGAAAGCUUAACAGCAGUAUUAAAAUGCAUACAUAUGUCACAGAAUUUAGAGACGAAUGUGUCCAAACAUCACAAACUCUUGAGAAGUAAUAUUUUGUUAACACUUCAGUUGGGGUAGAAUGAAACCUGAUAGAUAUCAGGGCAAGCAUGAAAAACUAAGUAUCUUAGUGUUGAAUUUUACAAUGUAUGUGCAGUGAAAUUAUGUAAAAAGCAUUAAUUUUGAAAAUGUUCCUUGCUAAUAUAAAGCUUUUGCUGAUUUUUGCAAAUAUUUUAUCUAAGUCUUAUAAAACAGGUGGAAUAUUACUUCCUAAAUGAAAUAGCCCUGCAUCUUGCAUUUUAGAUUUUCUGAGCAAUUUAGAAACAAAUAGAAAUUGGUAUAACACAAUAAAUUCAUUGUGUAAUCUGGAAUUUCUACCCUACAACUUUAAUGGUUAUUAAAUAAUUGGAUGCUAUGCUAUAUCAAUAUUUUGAAUUAUAGUCAUAUGAUUAUACAAUUACUUCCAAAGUAUUGUGAAUGUUUAAGUCAAUUCACAUAUAUGCAUAGAAAAGUUGACAUAUAGUAUUAUAUGUCAAAUAUUAAUUUAGGUUUAAUUUAACUAUUAUAUAUUAUUUCAUGUUGUACUUUGUGGGCUCAUCUUAUUAAUAGAUACAUAAAAGUUAAAACACUUGUUGGUUUUAUUGAAAGUAAAUUCAGGCAACAUUAAAGUGAGAAUUACAUCAUUCUUGGUCUGAGCAAAAGAAAGGAAUGCGUUGCAUUUAAUUUAAAUCGUAAUACUUCAUAUUAAAUGUAAAAGACAUUACGUAUGCACAAUAAACUAAAUUUGCAAUACACAAAAGUUUAAAUGAAAGCUUUUUAUAUAGAU